AACAAUCAACAUUGAGUAAGUAAACUAUAUUCAGAAAACACGAAUUUAAAAGAAGUGAAUUUUUAUUUUUAUCACGAGAAAUAAACGUUAUCUCGAAAACAUGAAUUUCCAAAGCAUAAAUCCUAUAAACGUUCGCAUAAACAUUAUUUCGGGUAAUUUGUUACCCUUGUCGAAAGAUUCGCGUUUUCCGAUAACGUGGAAGAUGUACAGCGUCUUUGUAUGGCUGCUUGAAAUAAUCCACGCAAUUGUAUUAAUUCCCGGGAUUAUGUUUGUGCCGCGAGAAAAGAUCUUGAAAGACGGUACAGUUACUUGCGUGGUCACCAUAGAGGUAUUCUUUAUGGUCUUGAGAAUUCAAGCACGCAGAAAGCUGAUGAAUCAAUUGAUUCAAAAAUUAAACGAUAUUUUACGUGUCGCGGAUGAGACCAUGAAAAAUGUUGUGACAACCACCCUAAAGCCUAUGGAAGAUCCACUCAAAUUUUAUUUAGUAGCUGGCUGGUUGGCUGUUUUCGUAUGGUGCUGUUUACCAUUUCUAUUAAUCUUCGAGAAGGUUGCUUUCCUUUACGAGGAUUACAGAAUACCAGCAAUCUUUUCCAAACAACCUUUCUCGAUCAAUGUCUUCCUAGUAGGGAGCGUACUUUUGCUGAUGAGCAACGUAUAUAUUUUUGUGAAGAAAGUCGGGGUAGAUGUUUAUAUGAUACAUCUAGUGCUGCUGACAACGGCACAAUAUCGAUACAUCGCUACGAAGCUCGCGAUAAUAUUUCGAGAUGGAAAUUUGCAAAAUGAAUCUGACGAGGAAUAUCGGCUUAAGGAUCAGUGGAUAAAAAAAGAAAUGCAAGCAUUAUGUCGGCAUCACAAUUCUGUCGUUCAUUUAUCUUCUAUGCUUAAAAGAUUACUAUCUUUGAACUUUAGUAUGAUCUAUGUGAACAGUGUUUUACGAUUUUGCUUCAUUGGUGUUAUGUUGAGUACA